CCGCAUUGCUUGACGGCUAAAUGUAAUUUUAAAAAUCGACAUGGCUUCUUCGGUGAUUUGCGGCGAAACACAGAGCAGGGUGAGUUCAGUGCUAAACAGAGAUGUGAAGCAGUAUGGGAAGAAGAACAUGUUUGACUGUAAUGAAGAAACAUGCUGGAGCUCAGACCAGGGUGAAUGUCAGUGGUUGUCCAUGGAGUUCCCCCAGUCAGUCAAGAUGUCAGAGUUAAAGGUCCAGUUCCAGGGAGGCUUCUCAGCAAAAACAUGCAGACUAGAAGGUUACCCAAAAGAUGGAGACUUUAGAGUGAUCAGCCAGUUUUACCCAGAGGACAACAACUCCCUUCAGAGCUUUCCCAUACAGGAGGCCCCUGCAGUGGACAAAGUAAAAAUAAUGUUUGAGAAUAGUGUUGACUUUUUUGGGAGAAUAAUUAUUUAUUCCUUGGACAUCCUGGGGGAAAAAGCUUCAUGACCAUUUUUUUUAUUAUUUCUCUCAUGAGAGAAUAUACGAGCCCUGCGUAAAGUGAUGGUGUGGUGGCACUUGGGAAACAUCAUCUGCACUGCCACCUCAUGAACUGAUGUGAAUGUGGCCUGUUUUGGUAUCCACUCUUUCAGGGAUCUGUCUGGCAGU